AUGGCUAGGCUUUACUUUCGUCCAGAGCCAACUAGUGGCCCCAUACCGCAGCAGUAUCAACAACAACAACAACAACAACAACAACAGUACCAGAAGUACCAACAGUAUCAAAAGUAUCAACAUCAACAUCAACCGUACCAACAAAAGUAUCAACAAUAUCAACAAUUGCCACAGCAUUACAACUACUACAACAACUACAACUAUCAUAAUCACAACUAUAACAUCACCACAUUGCAGCAACAACAACAACAGCAACAGCAUCAGUUGCAGCAACAACAACAACAUCAGCAACAAGCAUCACCAAAACAUUGUAAUUAUUACAUUCCACCGCCGCCACCAACAGCCAACGCAAGCUCGAGCCACCACACACCGACCCACCACAGUUCGGCAAACUACAGCGCUUACGGUUCGUACGGCGGCGGCGGCUCAUACGUUGGCGCUUAUCUCGGCACCAGCGGCAGCGAUAGUGGUGUAGGCGGUCUCACACCGAUCGGACGCAACUAUCGUUGGUACAACUCAAGCGGCAGUGCGGGUAGUGGUGCCAGCAUUACCGGUAGUAUUGGUAGUAAUUACCUUGCAGCCGGAUCACUUUACGGUCGCACAUCACCAGCGGCACUUGCACAUUACGCCCGACCCUUGCUCGCCUCUACAUCGACAGCGGCGAGUAGUAGCAUCGGCGGUGGUUGUGUUGGUGGUAGCAGCAACGCGUACGGCUUGGGACUUGGUCUGGGUCUUGGACUCGAUCUCGAUACCAGUGACUACGAAUACGAACGUGCGUCGCUACACUCUGGCGCUUACGCAUACAAAUCGUCGUCAUCGCGGCGUGGCAGCAGUCUUGCUGCUGAUUAUCUAUUGGACGUUGCAGCACGUUGCAGUGUACCAUCGCCGGCACUCGAAGCCGAGCCGGAUACUGAUCUUGAACUUGAGCUCGAUCUUGAUCUCGACGUGGGCGUCGGCGUUGGUGUUGACGUUAACGACGUUGACCAUAUUGGUCGCGACAUUGGCUUGGGCCUCAACGUCGAAGAUCUUGAAGAUCUUGAUAUUCCGGUACCAGAACCGGAACCAGAAGCUGACGUACACGACGAACUCGUACGUGCACUCGAACUUGAACUCGACUUUGGCACAGACUACAAUACCGUCAAUAGUACCACAAAUUUCAACUUCGAUCUCGCAGCAAGUAGUACAGAUCUCGUUGGACUCAACGACUCCUUUGAUAUUGACGAAGAAGAAGAGCCGAUAUUAUCGCCUGUGCUCAAUAGGUCAUUGCGUCCAUUCACCUAUCCGGCGCUUACUAUCACAGCACCAGAGAAUAGUAUCGCGAGCGAGUCACCAAUACCAGCGGCGACACCGCCACCGACACCGACGGAUUUUCUAUAUCCGCAGUUGUCCAUACACAGCAACAAAACGUCACCUCAACAGCAACAACAGCACCAUCAACAACUGCAGCAACAGCAAUUACACCAACAACAACAGCAGCAGCAACAACAACAACACCAAUACCAGCAGCCACACUACCAUCACCAACAACGCGCAACGACGUCACGUAUACCACAACACGACGACAGUUGCGAGGGGUUCAACAACAUUACCGACGAUCCGACGUCCUGCGUCGGCCAAAAAAGAAUGAUGGUUAGCCGUUUGUGGAAUAGCUGUUUUCCGAAAUUCACGCCGGAGCAUGUGCACCGGCACAACUUCUAUCUGUGCCAGUGGCAACGGAACACCCAAGUACGCAUCGUCUAUCUCUUCUAUCGCUGGCUAACGGCAAUUACCUGCCUAGCUGCACUCGUGUGCUCGCUACUCGAUAUCGGACGUAGCGAGGAGCACUUCGAGAAUCAUUAUGCAAAAUGGUGGAUCUACUUGACCCAUUGGGGUCUGCUUUUUUGCACGGUUCAAGCCUGGUUGGCAGCGUGGAUUGUAACGCAGGGUAUGAUGGUGGAACGUGAGGAUUUUGAGGUUGUGCGUCAGGUGCGUAAGAGUCGACUACAUCACAUCUACUGGGUGCUAUACACAUGUGCCACCGUCUAUUCGUUUAUCGUGACGAUGUGCUAUUGGUUGUUGGUUCAUAAUCCAGAAAUUCACAAAAUAGAUGCUUUAAAUAUAAUGGUGCAUGUGUUCAACUCGGUGAUUAUGCUCAUCGAUUUAGCUAUCGUCGGUCAUCCGAUUAAAUUGAGUCAUGUCUACUUUACGACUGGCAUUGGUUUGGCUUACGGUAUAUUUACUGGCAUAUAUUUUUUGGCUGGUGGUACAGAUAGAAAAAACAAUGUCUACAUUUAUCCCAUGUUGGAUUGGACCAAACCCGGCAAGGCAAUAAUCGUCACAGUGUGUGCCAUAAUAUUCGUGUUUGUGGUGCACUUCUGUUGCUAUCUCCUCUACCGCACACGCGUUUGGCUAUUCACGAAGCUUUGCAUACGCGGCGCGCACAAUCGUGAGGGCGACAUGGGUGAAGGAUUGCAUGAUGAGUCGACAGCGCGGCUGGGCGGUGGAACGGCGCAGGAAUAUGCACAUCAACAACAAUAUCCGAUAUUGCAUUCCGAACAGCCGCGCAGCACGCAUCACCAACAUCAGCAUCAACAUGGACAACAUGGACAACAGCAGCACCAACAACAAUACCAGCAGCAACAACAACAAUAUCAGCAGCAACAACAUCCAUCUGGCGGAAAUGUACAAACUGUAGACAUGCUGAGUGGCGGGGGCGGAGGAGGCGGCAGCGGUGUUGGUGUUGGAGGCGUACAACAACACACCACGCCACCUUACUUCCCGCAAUAUUCGGGUUAUCAGCAGCAGCCGGUGGUGGCCGGCGUCAAUGUUGGUGUGGUCAGCGCUGGCGGUUACUAUCAACCGGAGAAUAAUAAUCAAAAUAAGCAACAGCAACACAAACAACACCAUCAAUCACAACAACAACAGCAGCAGCAACACCAACAAGCGAAACAGCAACAAACGCAGCAGCAGCAGCAACAACAACAACAACAGCAACAGCAGCAAAAACAUUCCUCACCAGGCUCCUCCGUAAACGCAUCGAGUCUAAGUCGCACCGUCGCCCACUUGGAUGCGGCACAGCGUGAGCAAUUCCUAAAUCCAAACAAAAUUGUGGAAUAUAAAAUGUAAAGGCGUUGUACCCGGCACCGAUAUACGUUCCACUUGUCCAUGAAAUUCUUGGAGAAACACUGUGCCCAAUGUCAGGCGGCCAAACGCCGCGCCGUCGAAGAAGAGCAGGCCGAGGCGGAAGAAGCGCAAGCUAUAGCGGAUGCAAAGGCGGCAUUGGAAGCGGCGGAAAAGGCAGCGGCCGCGGCGCUCGAAGCAGCCGCCAAAGUGAAGACGGAAUGUGCGAAAUGUUGUUGAACGCGCGUAAACGCCGAAAGCCACAAUUACAUCAUACUUGCAUCUUCGUCUUUGGCGUGCCUUCAAUUCUUGGUGUCACAGUGUAUUAGGUUUUCUUUAUGUGCGUGUAUGUGGUGCGCGUGUGCGGGUUGUUGGCGCACAUUUCCGUUGGUGUUGUUGUUUGGUUAAAUUUUAAGCUAAAUCAGUGUUCAGUGGCUCCGUUGUUAUGGUGUCGGGUAUUGGCGUUUGCAUCUCAAGCAUAUAAGGCAUGUAAGGCAGCGCUAGAGUUGAGUUGGGAGAGUUGAUGGCACAGAGAGUGAAAAAAUGGUCAAUGCAGUUUUUUUUUUGAAUACAAAUGCGGUAUGGGGCCUUGGGUGGGUUUAAUAAUUUUUAUAAUCAAAUAUAUGUACAAGUUAGUGUUAAUAAAGCAGAAUUGUUGUUGUUGGUAGUUAAGUGCGAGCAGAUCGUUAUAUACUUUCAUUUUUUUCUGGAAGUCGG